AACAUCAACUAUGUCAUAUAAACUAACAGGAACUAUAUACAUUUAUCUAACAUAUACAAUGUUCCAUUGGAAAAAUUAUACUAAUAUUUUAAAAACAAAUCCUAUCUAUUGUCAAAAUCGGUCAGAGAUAAAUAAAAACAAUAACAAAACAAACAAUCCAAUACAAAGUUAUAAUAAACACCAUUUUCAUCUCCAGCAAUUUAGUGCAGGUUGCCUUACGGGGUUUUUAUCAGGAAUUUUAACUAAACGUCUUGGGAAAAUAGCCAUAGUAGUAUUCAUCUGCAUUUUCAUCCUUUCAAAAACAAAAUCCUUUUAUCACCUUAUAAAACCAUGGAAUAUACUUAUACACUUUUCUCGAAAAGUUUGGCUUAAAAAAAGAAAAAAAACAAAAGAAAUGGUCACAAAUCUUCUUCUCAAGGACUUAGUAUUUAAAUCAUCCUUUGCAGCUGCAUUUGGAUUCGGUUUUUUAUAUUCAUAA